GCAUCGCGGUGGCUAUCCUGCUGACAAACAAGAUGGCUGCCCACUGUCCGCCGACGGCAUUUGUAUUUACGUUCGCCGCUUUAAGACCUAAACGAGAAAUGACGAGCGCCAUAAAAACGUCUGAAUAGAUAAACAGUUUCCUACCUAAUUCAUAUGUCGGCAUUCUUUCUCCGUUUUUGUCCUUGACGUCGUCCGUUACCGACAGACUGACUUUUCUUGAUUCGUUUUCGCGGAGCUGUCGAGCCAGGUGAGCCGAACUUGUGAGUUAAAGAGCAUUUUCGGACGCAUUUACACGUCCCGGCCGGUCGCUAUGUUCAUCCCCGUAAAGUCGUCUUACUUCCGCGUCAGUCCGGCAAUUGUCAACAGAGAACUGGGCAAGACCAAGAUGAGAUAGCGAGAGGCGGCGUGGCGCGUUUACGAAGCAACAUAAAAGGCAGCGAAACGUGAUGUUUGGGAAUCUUUUUGAGGAGGAUGGCGAAGACGGUGAAGGGGGCUGCUCCUCCUCUGGAGCGGGGGGAGCUGCCAAAGCGGGAGACGAGCCUCCGGCUCCCCGAGGAAGAAGCAAGCUGUGCGGCAUUCUGAACCAAGGAGGGACGUGCUACCUCAAUUCCCUGCUCCAGACCCUCCUGUUCACCCCCGAGUUCAGAGAUGAGCUGUUCGCGUUGAGGACUGAUGAAUUAGGAUGUCUUGAAGAUAAAGACAAACCAGGGGCCAAUGUCCGCGUCAUCCCUCUGGAGCUCCAGAGACUCUUCGCUCGUCUUUUGCUGGUGAACCAGCAGAGUGCCUCCACGGCCGCCCUCACUGAGAGCUUUGGCUGGAACAGCAGUGAGGGAACAAACCAGCACGAUGUGCAGGAACUGAACCGGAUUUUGUUCAGCGCUCUGGAAAAUUCCCUGGUGGGCACCUCCGGCAGCACGCUCAUCCGCCGACUGUACCACGGCACCAUCGUCAACAGCAUCGCCUGCAAGGAGUGCGGCAACGUUAGCCAGCGACAGGAGGACUUCCUGGACCUGACGGUGUGCGUCUGCGGCGUGUCCAGCCUUGAGGAGGCUUUGCAUAACAUGUUUGUGGAGGAGGAAUUGUUCGAAGGCAAUAAUCUGUACCGUUGUGGGGUGUGUGGCAGACUGGUCACUGCUGCAAAGUCUGCCAAGUUGAGGAAGCUACCCCCGUUCCUGACCAUAUCUUUGCUGAGGUUCAGCUUUGACUUUGCUAAGUGUGAGCGUUACAAGGAGACAGGCCACUACAGCUUCCCCCUCACCAUCAACCUGCGGCCAUUUUGUGAACAGACCGACGGAGAUGACGCCGACUACUACUACGAGUUAUUCUCCGUGAUCAUCCACAAAGGUGGCUGCUACGGCGGCCAUUACCACGUUUACAUCAGAGACAUUGAAAGCCUCGGCUGCUGGGAGCCGCCGGAGGAGGACAACGACAAUAGAAAGAAGCCUCGAAAGGCAGAGCAGCAACUCAAUGAAAAUGACCCCUUGUGUGUCCUCAUUGCCAUUAUUGACCAGGAGCCAUCAAAGAAUGUCCGAUUGGACCAGUUGGGCCAGAAACUCAUGGAGAAGAUCGGUUCCUCCUGGAGCAAAACCUUUAAGAAAGACUAUGGCCCCAUUGUCAAGUUCCUGAAGUCACACAAUGACGUUUUCAUGUUAGUGUCCAACUGUAUCCAAGUGGCUCUGAAGGCUAAAACGCCCGGCCCGGUGAGUGAGCUCCCCACAACUGCUGGCCUAGAAGGUGGCACUGUUUCUCAACAGGAGCUCCAACAAGAGACUAGCCACUGGUUUGACCUGAAUGACUCCACCGUGACCUCCAUCAGGGAGUCGGAGAUAGAGAAGCAGUUCCAAGGCCAAGAGAGUGCCUACAUGCUGUUCUACAGGAAGAUGCAAUUGCAGCGGCCCACUGAAGCUCUGAGCAGUCCUCACUAUAAAGUUCCUCAUCAUCUCAUCCAGAUGGCUCAGGACGAGAACCACAAUCUGCAGCAGAUGCGGGAGGAGUAUGAUGCCAGUAAUAACCUCGUAGAGCUGCAUCUCCACCUGGCGUCCUCUUAUAGGCUGAUAAAAGGAGCCCUGCAGUCGAUCAGCAAAGAGUCCAGUGCUGGCACCACGCUCGUUUUUGACUGCAGAAGGACUGUUGGAGACUUGCGAUUGGCUAUUUGUCAGCAAGAGGAACAAUGGAAGGGCGACAUAGCUCUGACCUUGGCCAAGAUGCUUCCAGCGGGCCUCCACUUGUACAACACUCUCGCAGAUGACACUGUCUCACUCCUCAGUGCAGGCGUCGCUACAAACCCUGACAUAUUUGUUUGGAACGGGCGAGAGGUCUGUGGUGAAAGUGUCCUAACCGGAGCCGAGUGGGAGCCGGUGCUCCUCACCGUCGUCCGACCCACCCUGGAGGGCGCGGUGUUGAAAGAGGCUGGCAACAACGUGGAGGGCGGGGGGCUAAAAAAGGAGGCGAUUGCGUUCGCAAGCGCCGCCACCCUCAGCGAAGUGCAGGAAACCCUGGGGGAGCCCGCCGGGAGUCUGCUGUGUCAGGAGCAGGUGGGCACCAAAAGAGGAGAGCGUGGGGCGGGCGAGGGUGCCGGCGCCAGCGCGUGGCGAGUUUUUCCAUCCCAUGACAUGUUCCGGACCCUCAAGGAGCUGUCGCUUAAAGAUGGAGACGCCCUGCUCGUGCUGGAACCGCAGUCUUUUGAUAACAGCAUGUUCACUGUAAAUGGAGAUGUGAUCACUGUGGUGACGCCAUCAGACUGUCGCUGGCUCCAAGUGGAGUUUCAACCGUAUGGCUGCGGCCUAGGAGGGGGCGACGCAGCGGAGAGCCGGAGAGUCAAGGUCCCUGCUUCAGGAGAUACGCUGCUGCGUGAGGUGAAAGAGAGGGCCAUCAACGAGCUGCGACUCCCAGGUGCAGAAUGCUGCCUAAGACAUAUGGACAGCACAGGGAAACUCCUUCCUCCAGUGUGCGAGGAUUUGUGCGUGCGAGAGGCCGGCGUGCGGCUCAUGAACACCGUGAUGCUUUGUCCGGGCCGGGCCCCCGAGGCGUCGCAGCUUUUCCUGCACUUUGCUGUGGGUGCAGCGCCACCUGCUGCAAUGGAGAUGGACAUUAACAUAGAAAAGACCAGCACUCUUAAAGAGUGUCUGCAGGCAAUGCUGAAUGCUGUUGGAAUUGAUGGCAGCUGUUGGCAUUUGCGAAGGCUGGACUGGUGCGAGGAGGUGGGAGAGGCACUGGUCGACGAGGAUGCGUCUCUGUCAGAGAUGAAUAUAAACAGCGGAGAUACACUCGUCAUCUCAGAAGGACGAAUUCCUCCGAAGGGGUUUCUAGAGAUGUCCGUAUGGAUGCUUCAGGAUCCCGUCUCCAUGGAAACCAAUGUGAAUCACACUGACAACGGCCACGCUCAGGAGCAGAUGGAGGAGGUUUACGCCGCAGCUCAAGCUAAUUCUCACCCGUCAGAGCUCAUAAGGGUCGGUCAGGUGGAGGUAUCGGUGGACGUCAGCCUGGAGGACCUCAAGACUCAGGUGUUGACUCUUCCAGCUUUCCAGUACGGGCGCCGGCCCGCCGCCUUCCUCCGCCUGUGGAAGAUGGAGGCACACAGGCUGGUUCGCAUCCUCAGAGGAAACCAAGUCUCACUCAGGAAACUAAAUAUAACUAGCGGCACAGAUAUUUGUGUACAACAGCUGUUAAAAGAGGAAGAUCUCGGCCCCAAGGAGAUAGUGCUGAGUGUUAAGAUGGGAGUACCGGGGAAGCGCUGCUACUAUCGGGCACAGGAGCUGAUUUGGGACGCGUCGUGGGACUCGACGGCCGCCGGCUUGCGGGCCUUCGUGGCCGAGUUCUACGGCUUGGCUGCGGGCUCGAUCGUGCUGGCCAAGUACCAGCCACACAAACACACCUGGGAGGAAAUCUGCUGGAGCAGGCCGCUGUCCAAGAGGAAAAAGAGGUCAAAUGCAGACUCAUUAUUAGGAGCACCGUUUCAUCUCAAAGAUGGUGACGUGAUUGGCGUCAAGAACCUUUUGAUUGACAACAAGGACUUCCACACUCAGGAGCACGAACAAGGCCAGGCAGAGCGACGAAAGAAAGGAGAAAGGGCUGGAGGCUCAAACUGCACUAGAUCGCAAAACAAGGUGGCCAAGAAGCCAGAGGUGGCGCUGUCAAUCAAUGUUGGCGUCUUCAGUAACAAUGGACUCUAGCGCACAAUGGACGCGUCUGGUUUACUACUACUACUACAACUAUUGACUAUUAGUACCACACACACACACACAGAGGAAGUGAGGUGCCAUGUUGCAUUUAGGACAAUCCUCUAAUAAUUACCAAAAAGAUCAGGGUUUAUGGACUAGCCACUUAAGAAUCAGUUCUACUGUCUAAUCUCGCCUCGAUCAGUGCCAAGAUUUCACACGUGGCAAUUGAUUAUUGUCUUAUGCCGAUCAAUAAAAUGAUCAGUACAUUUUUACUUUUGUGUAUUUUCCUCAUACCAGAUUUGACUGUAAGAAAGCAUACAAACAAUAAAGGCAUACAUACACUUGUCA